UUUGCAAUCCCACUUUUCAUUCCUGCGUCCCUGCUGAAAGGCUACACUCCCCCCUCUGCCUUUUGUUUCCGAGGUGGAGCCUGAUACCCCGACUUCUCCAAACUGAACUGCCGGCGAAGCAGACGGACAAGAUAGGACUGGGACGCAGCAGUCGGUGGCACAGAUCUGGGACGCAGCAGAUCGGAGAGGGAACAUUAAGGGCGGCUGCAAGGAAGGAGAAGGAUUUUGUGGAGCGCUUCUGACGGUUUACGCAUCUUUUGAAAACCGGCUACACGCGGAAAAGCUUCAAGAAAGAUGAAUUCUUUCAUCCUACUGUCGCUUUUUGCCACGAUUAUCGCCGCAAAGUCACCUCGGCUGAAAUUUGUUGUGCACGAGCCCCCCAGGUUCCACUUCAUCAAACCUGAGAACUACAUCAGCAUGUAUCACCAGGAGGGGAGCGACACGCUGUAUGUGGGCGGCCAGGCGAUGAUCUAUGUGUUGACGUUCUCUAACAGAAGGGUCCGCGACCUGCAGAUCCCAGCGGCAUCUGACCAGACUGCAAUUGAUACCUGCAAGGCAAAGGCUGCACCACUCGAGCUGGAGUGUGAUAAUUUCAUCACCGUCAUUCAGAAAGUAAACGACACAAUCAUAAUAUGUGGAACGAAUGCAGGAAGCCCCAGGUGCUGGAUGCUGGUAAAUGACACUGUGCUGACUGACGUCCAGGGCAACGGGCAGAUAGCGUCGGCCUCUGAUAUCUCCCCACCCUACCCUUCCCAGAGGUCCAUCAGCCUGCCUGCAGAUGGGAGCCUGUAUUCUGCGAUGUCGUCGGUGGCAGGUCACGCCGGCUCUAUCCGCCGUACGUUUGGCUCCCAGAAACUCCUGAAGACAGAGAACAUUUGGCUGCUGAAUCCACAGUUUGCUGGUGCAGCCAUAAUCCCGUCUUCACUGAAGUACAAGGAGGAGAUCUACUUCUUCUUCAGCGAAAUCAACAAGACAGCCAGAGUGGACGAGGAACCUUACAGGGCUCGUAUUGGCCGGAUCUGCACGGUGGAUGAAGGCGGCAUCAAAGCUCUGCUGGCAGAGUCAUGGACCACCUUCAUGAAGGCCCGGGUGAUGUGUGGGGCAGGAAACACCCAGCAGCAGUACAACAACAUGAAGCAGGCGGUGGUGCUGACAGCUCAGGACAAGAGGGCUGGAGUCCUGUAUGGCCUGUUCUCCAAUGCAUGGGGCAGAACAGUGAUUUGUGCCUACUCCAUCGAAGAUAUUGACCAGGCUUUCUCCACAUCCAAGCUGAAGGGCUACAGCAGUCCAUUCAUCGGCAGUCGCCCCGGCAUGUGUGUCCGCAAAAACUCGACAGCAGGAGGUCACAAUGACAUCAAGAACCUCGGGGUGAUCAGAUACCACCCAGAAAUUGAGGACGUGAUCCGGCCUGUCGGCGUGGCUCCACUCGAUCUGCCCACAGACGACCAAAUCACACACACCGUGGCAGACAUCGUCCUGGCGGUCAACGACGAGCACUACAGCGUCCUGUACCUCGGAACAGAUCAAGGCAAAGUCCUUAAAGUGCUUCACUCCAGCGAGGGCGUCUUCAUCAUAUCUCAGUACUCUCUGUUCCUCAAUGAGGGCCCCGUUCUAAACAUGGCCAUCGACUCCCAAAAGGGACACCUGUAUGUUGGGACGGCGAUGGAGAUCCAACGGCUGCCGCUGGCUGACUGUGGUCGCUAUGGUGACACUUGCAGGGAGUGCAUCCUUUCCAGGGAUCCAUACUGCGGCUGGGAUAGGUCCAGGAGGAAGUGCAUCCCUAUCCCACCUGGAUACAAUGUCACCACUGGGACGCUCAUUCAGAAUCUGGACCAUUCAAACUCCUCGGUUUGUGGGGAAGCUGCUGCUCUAAAGCAGCGUCGCACUUCCCCCAGAGAGGUGAUAGUGCAGUCCAACACCUCCAUCUUUCUCCCUUGCCCUGUGCGCUCCUUCCACGCCACCUACCGCUGGGAGAAAGACAACUGUGUCAAGAACUAUCCCUGCCUCUUCUCCGGGGACUUCUGUGUCCUGGGGCCGGUUAUCGACACGCCCCUGAAGGAAGGCGUCUUCCGCUGCAUGGCCACCGAGGACGGAUUCAAGGUGGAGGUUAUCUCUUUCAGGCUGGUGAACGACGGCAGGCUCCUGGCCGCCUCCCUGGCCUCCACCUUGGGGCCGUCGCUCCUGCUCGCCAUGGCUACCCUGUGGCUCCAUUAACUGCAGCUACCGCUAAUGCUAACCCCUCAUCCUUACUGGCUCCCAAUGACAGGAAAGACAAGGAGCCUCUGUUAGGAGGUGAGGUUCGCAGAGCAUUGGAGUACAUGGUUGGGUUGAAAAUUCAACUUUUUCCAUAUUGAUUUUUGGAAAAAGAAUCCAGAAAAUGUGAAUGGGGUACAAAAUUCAGUUUUUUGCAUAAAGUAACAUAUCUGCAGCUGCAGCUGUCUUAAGAUUUACUGUCCAUGUUUGACAUGUCUUGCAAGUCCAAUCCAGAUUCAACCAUAAUCAGAUGCUUUGCGAACCUUUCCUCUCUGACUCAAAACAUAUCGUAUGAGUUGGGCAAAAAAAACACCAAUACCAGGCCAAUUCUUUUUACCAUUUCUCUACUUAAUUUCAAAUUGACUUGACUGUGCUUAUUUGUGAAUAUAUAAACCUUUAAUACCGCUCUUACAUCUCUUCAUUCAUCUUGUUAACCUUAAUUGGUAUAGCUCAUUAGUACUUAGAAAAAUGUCUGGUAUUGAGAUUUAAAAAGCCUUAACACUCCUGGGACAUAAACUCCUAAGCACAAUUUUGCAGUCGAGGCAGAAUACUGCAGCCUCGGUUGGACUUAGCGCUAUAAUUAGCGCAGCUGAGUCUAACAACAUCGCUGGGAGGAAGUGUCAGCUUUUUGACAGGAAGUAGGCGGAUGGGCAAGAGCUCAUUCUCGAACAUCACUGUGUCUCAGCACCUCCUCCUCAGACGAGGCAGUUUCUUGCAUCUUUUUAUCAGAUGGUAUCAGACAUCGUCAUUACGCCUUGUUCACAGCUUUGUCCGUUGUUUUUCUUUUUACAUGACAUCGUCUUUCCUCCUCCCCAGAGCAUCAGAAACAAAACACUCGCCCUUAACAGGAUAUGAAAAACACAGCAUCGCCUACAGAUCCUUUGGAGAGUGAGUUACUAAAUAUUAGCAGUGAGGGGCAAACUGCUCUCGGAAUCUUUUAAACAUGAAUUCAUCCCUAUUAAUCAACAUGAAAGUUUAAAAUCUGCGUUUUUUCUGCUAGGUAAUUUAUUGUGGCGAGAUGGCUGCAAGUUAUGUGAAACGGCAGUAACCUUUUGUUCUAAUUCUGAGCCUCAAAUGUCCAUCAGUUUUUAGGAAACGAGCAAAUCUGCUGCAAAUGACAUUCAAUUUCUGUCAACCCGACAAUGCGUAAAGAUGUGAACAAGGUGUUGCGCCACAGCAAUUUCAAUAAACAAACACAUCAUCAUAAGGGCAGAUGAAGCUAAAUGGAACUGCAUAUUAGGCUUGCAUUUUAUAGUUUGCUUGGAGAAAAAAAAAGGCUUGUACUUAAAUCUGUGAAGUGUGUUCUGUAUUUUAUUGCUCUGCAGAUGCUGAUUUCUACCAUUGCUGCCUACGUAUGUGACACUUUGUCUUGGUUGUUUGGGUUUUGAUGCCAUAGUUAGAAGGUGAUGUGUAACCAUUGACUGCUUUACCUCUUUCCCCAGGGACAUUGGUGCCAAAAGACAAGAAAAUGGUUAUUGUGUCAAAUUUGUAUCUCUAUGCUGUGAACAAAAAGGCUUGACAGAUUCCAACAACACGCUUCACUGGUGUACAGCAGCAACCACAACCAGAGGUGAGCGCUGUGGCGUUAGCAUGACGCUAAGUCUGCAGCAUCUUCCUUUAACCUCUCUUCUGAUCACUCAAACUUUAUUACGACUAAAAGGCAGAUUAGAGCUGAAUGUAAAAAUAAAUAAGAGUUAUGAAUGUAGCUGAAGUUUCACAGCACUGGAAUGCCAAACCUUAUGAAUACUGAUCAGCUGACUGAAGGAGGAGGCUUGUGCAAUGAUGAAUUAUGCAGCGGAUUAGCAUGUUCUCCAGAGCUUUGAGAAUUAUCAUUCAGAAGUGUUACAUAAAUCUGGCCGUGCCGAGCCUUCCACAGUGGCAGAGUUGUCAUUAAUAGCAAAUUAGACAAUGGAGCCGGAUCGUCUUGCACCGUAUUAAAGAAUUUAUUUUACACCGUUAGGGAUAUGAGCAGCGAGCAUGUUCUCAGCUGUGAAAAUCUCAAGGUAGCGGCGAUAUAUCUCACUCAGCUCGGUUGUGUGUUGCUGCUCGGGGAUCUGCUUGCUUCCUGCAUUGCACUGACGCUGGCUACUGACUGUGCCAAGAAAAGAAAAAAAAUGAAAGCUAUGUUGAGCCACCUCAUCCUCCCUACGCUUCUUAUGUUCAUUUGCAAAAUCCCUCGUCGCUUACCUGCCGUAAUAUUUUGUCCUGAACAAACUCUGAGCGUGUCUGCAAUGUGUCUCUCAAACUCACAAACACAACCCUAGUGCAGGUUGGACAUGCAUAUUAAUCGUCUUUGUGUCUCUGUGUCGCCACCAGGGUGGGAAAUUAACACCAGCCACCGGCCAAGUGCUGGUAAACAUUUAGGAGAGGCUCUUAAUGAUGGCAGGAAACUAACUCAACAUCCACAGGCGUGUUCAAGGCAUAUUCCUGUAUAGCCUCCUUUAUACUGUAACUAUAGCUGUGGUAUAUGGGUUGUUGUUUUCACAGGCCCCUAUGAGAGGAGGAUAAGGCAAACAAACCUGAUAUCGUAAGCUUCUUCACUGUCUCCCAAGUCCAUACUAUAUACCAGUAGAGACUGCAUUUGUUCAAAUGAUUAAACCAACUUAUUGUAUGUUUAGGUUUUCCAAAUAGGUGCCCUCUUGCAGUCAAAAUUAGAAGUAGCAUGACAGUGAACUGCUGCAAAAUCGGCAGAAUAACAGGUGGUUACCAUUGAUUUUUCCUUAACCUUAACAAAGUCAUUUUAGGGUGCUUUCACAACCCAAAGUUUAGUCCGUUUCAAUUGAACUCUGACGCGGUUAAGUCCUUGUUACAGUUACUUGUGAACGCUCCAAUCGUACUCUGGUGUGGACCAAAACAACAGGUCCAAGACCACUUACGAGAGGGGAUCUCGGUCCGUUUACAAACAAACCCUAGUGUCGUCGCUUGCACUGUGAAUGUAAUCCGACAGAAUUACAGGAAAUGAAGCGGAUUGCCAAUGUUUGCUUUACAUUUGGACUGAAGAACACAUGCAGGAGAUGCCGAAGUCCACAAAAACAACAAUGUUUAUGAAAUAAUUCGAUAUCAACCGAAGGAGAAAGGAUUCAUGUACACGAUAGAUCAGUGCAGAGUCAAGGUAAAAAAAACAACUUUGACAGCAAUAUUCCAUGCUGUCACUGCCAACUUUCCAACCAAUAAGAAAUAAUACUUCAAGUAUAUAUCCAGCCCUCUGCCUUCGUACAUGCCCCUCUGCAAAUUUUUAUAUUUAUACACUGUUAAAGCAAACCAGACUAAAUACAAAACUAACCAAAAGUAUCAAUUUCACUCUGGUUCAGACUAACCUAACAAACUGGAAACUAAAACCUUUCACAAUCUGAAAAGUUAACCAGACCUUAGGGAUAGAGGUAAAAUAUUCUCUUUUUCAAAUAUAUGUACAUUUAUUUGGCAGAUGCAUAUUGUACAAAAGAGCAUGCAUGUGUGUCUUAUAGUGUGGAUUUGGGACACAGGCAUUGUUGACUUUGUGAGUGUUAAAACCUGAUCAGAUAGUUGUUGCUGUGCAGGCCUGAUUGCAUUUCCCCUCUCCAUGUGGAGCAGCACUGCUCCUCAGGCAGGUGGAAUCAGGCUUUCAUCAUUCAGCACUGUGCCCAGUCAUCAUCCUCAACUCCACAAGGCUUUUGCUUUAAUGUCAACACUAUUCCCGCUAAUGCGCGGAAUAAGGAUUUAUAGCAUUUACCAACACUUGCCGUCUUCAAAUCUCAAGUCCUUGC